UAACACGACUUUCUUUUAUAUAUAUAGAUAACCGAAGCUUCUUCCAAGUCCCAACCCAACACAUCUUCGGCCAAAGUCAAUACUUAACUUUCUUUUAAUUUUACCCUGCCUGAGAAUCGAACAGGAACUUUCAUUUAAGGUCAUCGUGUCAUAAAAUUUUGGCGACAAUUCCUUUGCAUCACCGGUCCAGUCGCAAGCGAUACCACACAGUCAUUUCUAUUUUGUGGAAAUACGUGAUAGUGACGUGCCACGCAUCAGCGAUACGUUAUCUGGAUAUCGACACGCGAGAUACCGCGAUAGUGCAGCCCCGACAGCCGGCUUAGCUCGACUUGCUGUAUCUCAGCUACGAUUCUAAGCAGCAUGGGCACUCCCGACGAGGUGGCGCGGUACUCGCUGGCCGACGUGAAGGCGCGCACGGGCCGCAACGGGAGCGCCGUCUGGAUCGUCUACAGGGACUCCGUCUACGACCUCACCAAGUACCUGGAUGAGCACCCCGCGGGCGGCGACGUGAUCCUGGAGGAGGCAGGCACGGACGCCACCAAGGCCUUCGACGAGUCCGCGCACACGCCCGACGCCAAGACCAUCAUGGCCAAGUACAAGAUCGGGGAGCUCGUGGAGGAAGAGAAAAGGUACGACGCAAACGGCAAGAAGAAGAAGAAGGUUGUCAAAGCGGAACCAGAAGAGAACAGAAGAAGUUGCAUAAGCAUCAUCACUUGUGGGCUUGCUGGAUAAAGCUGAGCCUACAAUUUAGAUUCACGUUGGAAGAACCCGGAUUUAAAAUAAUUGACGCAAAAGUUGUACAAUUGAGAGGCUUUACUUAAAUUAUGUAGGUUAAAUUAACAUUAUUUCAGUGCUCGACUGCAAAGAACGUGUAAAAGGAUGCAUUUUGAAUUAAUUAAGUUGAUACCUAGAACUACUAUUUAUUUAUGAGUAGUAGUUUUGUGUGUUUUUAAAAGCUUUAUAUUGUUUAAUAUUAAGUGGAAUUUUGUGUUGUGAUUCAAAUCUGAUAAAUUAUUAUUUAAGAAUUAAAAUUAUAA